AUGGCGCAGCCGCUCGUCGUGAAGAAGGACGACGACCUCGACGAGGAAGAGUACUACUCGCCGUUCCUCGGCAUCGAGAAGGGCGCCGUGCUGCAGGAGGCCCGCGUCUUCCACGACCCUCAGCUCGACGCGCGGCGAUGCUGCCAGGUUAUCACCAAGCUCCUGUACCUGCUCAACCAGGGUGACACCUUUACCAAGGUUGAGGCUACAGAGGUCUUCUUUGCAACAACCAAGCUGUUCCAGUCUAAAGAUGCGGGCCUUAGGAGGAUGGUGUACCUCAUGAUCAAGGAACUAUCGCCUUCAGCUGAUGAGGUCAUCAUAGUAACAAGCUCUUUGAUGAAGGACAUGAAUAGCAAAACUGAUAUGUACCGUGCGAACGCUAUUAGAGUUCUUUGUCGUAUUAUCGACUCAACUCUUCUCACCCAAAUCGAGAGGUAUUUGAAGCAAGCCAUUGUUGACAAGAAUCCUGUUGUUGCCAGUGCAGCCCUUGUUAGUGGCAUCUACUUGCUUCAAACAAGUCCAGAAGUUGUAAAAAGAUGGAGCAAUGAAGUUCAAGAGGCUGUGCAGUCAAGAGCUGCUCUUGUGCAGUUUCAUGCCCUUGCUCUUCUUCACCAAAUUAGACAAAAUGAUCGGUUGGCGGUCAGCAAGCUUGUCACUAGCUUGACCAGGGGUUCAGUUCGCUCUCCUUUGGCCCAGUGCCUACUUAUUCGCUACACAAGCCAGGUGAUUAGAGAGUCUGGCGUGAACCAAGGUGGAGAUCGUCCUUUCUUUGAUUUCCUUGAGUCCUGUCUCCGGAACAAAGCAGAAAUGGUCAUACUUGAGGCUGCAAGAGCAAUUACUGAACUGAAUGGUGUCACAAGCCGUGAGCUUACACCUGCAAUUACUGUGCUGCAGUUGUUCUUAAGUUCAUCCAAACCUGUUCUCAGAUUCGCAGCUGUUCGCACACUUAACAAGGUUGCAUCAACUCAUCCUUUGGCUGUCACAAAUUGUAACAUAGACAUGGAGAGCUUAAUCUCUGAUCAGAACAGGAGCAUUGCAACCCUUGCGAUUACAACACUGUUGAAGACAGGCAACGAGUCAAGUGUUGAUCGUUUAAUGAAACAGAUGACCAACUUUAUGUCAGACAUAGCUGAUGAAUUCAAGAUUGUUGUUGUUGAAGCAAUAAGAUCCCUGUGCUUGAAGUUCCCUCUGAAAUAUCGCUCAUUGAUGAACUUCUUGAGUAAUAUUCUACGGGAAGAGGGUGGAUUCGAGUACAAGAAAGCCAUAGUUGACUCAAUUAUUAUACUCAUUAGAGAUAUUCCUGAUGCAAAGGAAAGUGGUUUAUUUCACUUAUGUGAAUUCAUAGAAGACUGUGAAUUCACCUAUUUGUCCACCCAGAUACUUCACUUUUUGGGAAAUGAAGGCCCAAAAACAUCAGAUCCCAGUAAAUACAUACGUUAUAUAUACAAUAGGGUGAUACUUGAAAAUGCUACAGUUCGAGCUAGUGCAGUCAGCACAUUGGCAAAGUUUGGUGCCUUGGUUGACUCACUCAAGCCUCGCAUAUUCGUGCUCCUGAGACGCUGCCUGUUUGAUGGGGAUGAUGAGGUGCGUGACAGAGCGACCCUUUACUUCAAAUUGUUAGGUGGGGAAGCUACAGUUGGUGAGACAGAGAAGGAUGUGAAUGAAUUUCUCUUUGGCUCACUUGAUGUUCCACUAGUAAACUUGGAGACGAGCCUGCGGAAUUAUGAACCUUCGGAUGUACCUUUUGAUAUUUCAUCUGUUUCGAAGGAGACAAAAUCCCAACCCCUUGCUGAGAAAAAGUCUACAGGCAAGAAAUCAGCCGGUCCGGCAUCUGCUGUCAGUGGUCCUGUUUCUACUGUUGAUGCUUCUUAUGAGAAGCUUCUUUCAUCCAUUCCGGAAUUCGCUGAUUUUGGAAAGCUAUUUAAGUCAUCCGCACCUGUAGAAUUGACUGAAGCUGAGACUGAAUACUCAGUAAAUGUUGUGAAGCAUAUUUUUGAUGGACACGUUGUGCUCCAAUACAACUGUACCAAUACAAUUCCUGAACAAUUGCUUGAACAGGUAGUUGUUUUCGUUGAUGCUUCGGAGGCUGAUGAAUUUUUAGAAGUUGCUUCGAAGCCUUUAGAAUCAUUACCAUAUGAUUCUCCUGGACGGACCUUUGUGGCUUUUGAAAAGCCAGAAGGUGUCAUUGCCACCGGCAAGUUCUCAAAUAUCCUGAAAUUCAUUGUUAAGGAGGUUGACCCAUCCACUGGUGAAGCUGAGGAUGAUGGUGUUGAGGAUGAGUACCAGCUUGAAGAUCUUGAAAUCGUUUCUGCUGAUUAUAUGUUGAAGGUGGGAGUAUCUAACUUCCGAAAUGCCUGGGAAAGCAUGGAUCCGGAGAGUGAGCGGGUUGACGAGUAUGGGCUUGGAGUAAGGGAGAGCCUGGCUGAGGCUGUAAGUGCUGUUAUAAGCAUCCUCGGCAUGCAGCCUUGCGAGGGAACUGACGUGGUCCCAAGCAAUUCAAGGUCGCACACUUGUCUGCUCUCUGGUGUGUUUAUUGGUAACGUGAAAGUCUUGGUGAGACUGUCAUUUGGAAUCAGUGCACCGAAGGAGGUGGCCAUGAAGCUAGCAGUUAGAUCUGAUGAUCCAGAGAUCAGUGACAAGAUCCACGAAAUUGUUGCUAAUGGCUAA